UGCUGAACCAUUUAGAGGCGAAUGUGUGUGGAUUUGCUCACCAGCCUCAGCAGAGCAGCAAAGAGGAAUCCGUUUACGCGCGCAGGGGAUGGCCAAACUCUUAACACCGGAACCGUGAUGAGAAUGAUCAAAUAAGUUUUUAUUUUAUUUUAUUUGGAUUUUAUAGUUUAAAUUUGCAUAAAUAAAACAGCAGAAAUAACAUAAUGAGGGGAUUUACACCUUUCUUCAUCAAUAUAGUCGCGCUUCUCAUCGCUUCCAUUUCUUCAGCAAGCAAGAUAAACGUGCCACGCCUGAGACUCACCUAUAAAGAUCUGGUGUCUACAAACAGAUCAUCCAUCUUCAACGGUCAUGAUGGCCAGCUCUCUCUUAGCGCCAUCUUUCUUGAUGAGUACCGUGAUCGGCUUUUCCUGGGAGGGAAAGAUGUCCUCUACUCUCUCAUGCUGGGUCCUGUCAGCAGUGAGUCCAAAGAGAUCUAUUGGCCACCGUUGCCUGGCAACAGAGAAGACUGCAUCCAGACAGGAAAAGAACAGACAGAGUGCGCCAACUUUAUUCGUCUUCUGCAGCCUUACAACCGCACCCACCUGCUGGCCUGUGGUACCGGUGCCUUCCAGCCCAUGUGCGCCUUCAUCUAUGUGGGUCACAGAGGGGAGCACGUGUUCACCAUGGACCCAACGAAUGUGGACAGCGGACGAGGGAAGGUUCCACAUGACCCCAGCUUCCCCUUUGCCAGCACCUUCAGUGGUGAAGAAUUGUACACAGGACUGACAGCAGAUUUCCUUGGAAGAGACGCUGUGAUCUUCAGGAGCAUGGGAGGUCGCACCACCAUGAGGACAGAAACGGAUCAGAAACUACUUCACAACCCCAAGUUCGUUGCUGCCCACCUCAUCCCGGACAACGAUGACAGAGACGAUGACAAAGUUUAUUUCUUCUUCACUGAGAAGGCGUCAGAGGCAGGUGACAGGGAGGAGGCAAUACACACACGAGUUGGCCGAGUGUGUGCGAACGAUGUUGGAGGCCAGAGAGUUCUGGUGAAUAAAUGGAGCACCUUCAUUAAAGCCAGACUGGUAUGUUCUGUUCCAGGACCUCAUGGCAUCGACACACACUUCAACCAGCUGGAGGACGUUUUCCUGCUGAAGACCAAGGAUGAAAGAAACCCAGAUAUCUAUGCUAUUUUCAGCACCAUCAGUAAUGUAUUCCAGGGCUUUGCUGUGUGUGUUUACCGUAUGGCCGACAUCAGAGAAGCUUUCAAUGGACCUUUUGCACAUAAAGAGGGUCCAGAUCGUCAGUGGGGUCCUUAUGAAGGCAGGGUUCCUUAUCCAAGACCAGGAGUGUGUCCCAGUAAAAUCACAAACCAGCCUGGCAGGGAGUUCGGCAGCACCAAGGACUUUCCUGACGCAGUUCUGCACUUCGCUCGCAGCCAUCCACUGAUGUGGCGGUCGGUGUAUCCAGCGCUACGCCAGCCUGUGCUUGUGAAAGCCAACAUUCCCUACAAGCUCAAACAAAUUGUGGUUGACAGGGUUGAAGCAGAAGAUGGCCAGUAUGAUGUCAUGUUCAUUGGUACAGAUGUUGGUAAAGUUUUGAAGGUUAUUGUUUUGCACAGUGGAAACAGUCUUGAAACAGAGGAGGUCACACUGGAGGAGCUGCAAGUCUUUAAAAUGCCAACUCCAAUUACAUCAAUGGAAAUAUCAGUGAAGAGGCAAGCCCUGUACAUGGGCUCACCAGCAGGUGUGGCGCAGGUGAAGCUGCAUCGCUGUGAGACUUAUGGGAAAGCCUGCGCCGAGUGCUGCCUGGCCAGAGAUCCUUACUGUGCCUGGGAUGGAUCAUGCUGUUCACGAUUUCUCCCUAACAGCAAACGGCGCUACCGCAGGCAGGACAUCAGGAACGGAAACCCUGCCAUGCAGUGUGUGGACCAGAAUCUGAGCGACCUGGAUGUGACGGAGGAGAAGCUGGUUUAUGGGACUGAGAAAAACAGCACCUUCCUUGAGUGUGUUCCUCACUCACCACAAGCUACCAUCACAUGGCUCGUCCAGCGCGAUGACCGCAAGGAAGAGGUGAAGCUGGACGAUCGAGUGAUGAUAACAGAACAAGGUCUGCUGUUUCGCCAGCUGUUUCGUCAGGAUGAAGGCGUGUACAUCUGCCGCUCUCGAGAGCAUGGCUUCACACAAACACUAGCUCGCAUCACCCUGGAGGUACUGCAUGGCGACACUGUGGAUGAACUCAUAGCUCGUGACAACGCAGGCCUCUCUGACACAUUCAAAGACAGGUCUAUGGGAAGCCACAGGCCCUGGAUGCCUUGUGGUGCUUACAGCAGAGGCGGUCCCCCAAGUCAAAUCGGGCAGUCGCGUACGUGGUUCAAGGACAUCAUGCAGCUCGUUGGACCAUCAAACUUGCCACACGUGGAGGAGUACUGUGAGAGGAUGUGGUGCAAUGACAAGCUCAGACGGAAACACAAGAGCAUGCUGGAAAAAUACCGUCAAGCACAGGAGAGCGCAAGGAAGACCCGGAGCAAGAACUCUGGUGAACGCAACCGGACACCGCGAGAUCUACGGUCCAGGCAGGAGUAACAGAAGAAACGGAGGGCAGUGCAGAAGUGGAAAAUAUUAAUCUUUGUAAUUAAGAUUUUGGGACAAACUUAGUUAGGUGUAUAAAUAUGAGGAAUCUGUCUCUUUAGUCCUUAGUGGAGAAAGACAAAGAAAAGGGAUUCAACUGAAUAUUUAAAAGAUGCAGAGCACAACUCGAAGGAAGAAAAAACUCCAGCAUACCAUCUUGCAUCACACGCCAGCACUUCCCCACCGUUAGAAGGUUGGUAAGGUUUCAGGCUUUUCCUGGAGAGACUUUGCUGAAAAGAAUCAAGGACUCAAUCAAGGUUUAAUGAAGAAGAGAUGGUGAUUCAGUUACUCUCCAAGGAUGCUUUCAGAAGAACAGAAUAACGUCACUCAUCUCUUUUGCAUCCUUCUGUUAUGUUCUUGUUUUAAAUCACUUCAGGAAAUGGUCUCAAACCUGAGCCUGACUGCAGGUUGACCUCACCAACACAAGACCCUGCUUUCUUCACCCUCUUUGGCUUGUAUUGAUUUAUUUUUUUCUUGCCUUCGUGAAACCUUUUUAGUUUUUUAGUUUUGUAAACUAAUUUCUGAAAAAUUACUACUCACAUGCAUAGUUCCAUAUUGGACGCUUUCCUACAGUUGAAUCACUGGAUUCAUUUCUUUUUCAGUUUAUAUUUAAGUCUCUGUGUCUCUUACUCUGCUUUAGCCUAGAUUAAUUACGUUCCAGGAUAUUUUCAUAAGAAACUAGUGUAUACACACACACUCUGAUGUUAACUGAAACCUCAGUCACCCAUCGGACCGAUUGUAUAAGCUCAACUAACUCGGAACGUUUUCAUGAGACGAUGGUUGAUGGUUCAACAGAUUUAAGGCACGUGACUUUACUUUUUAAUCUUGUGGACCGAGUCUUCCAUUAAACAUGAGCUACAGAUCAAAAGUCCAGCCUCACACAUGCAAACAGAAAGGGUUUUCAGUUGCUUGAUUAUUGGUUACAUGAGCUGGCCCACCUCUUGGCAAGUUAACCUGUUGGAUCCAGUAUCUAAACCACUUGGAUACAAUUAGCCAGGCUGCCAGAACAUAUCUGACCCGACACAUUCAGAACCUUUGUGAAGGUCCUGUGGUGUUUGUCACACUGUUGUGUUGAUUUGCAUGAGUUGGACCUUUGUUCUGGUGCGUCUGACUGUUACUUCAGGUCUAGAAGCUUCGGAGGAGCAGAAAACAUCUUUGAGAAGGUGUUGUGCUGCUGAAUGAUGAUCAGGAAACAAAGUUUGCUGAAACGUCACAUCACAAAAUAACCCGUUUUAUCUUCAUCACCUGUGAGGGCUUUUUAUUGUUGUCAGAUCUUCAAUAUUUGUUGCAUUUAAUGACUAAAACAUUCCUUAACAUUAUUAGAACUUUUUCAAAAAAAUGCAUAUUUUGCUAAAAUGUAGCUCAAUAGAAAUGUAGCCCUAGCAGCAUUCUUCCCAAACUGACAGUAGAUCACUGGAUGUUUAAGGUUCUCGUGUUUUUUCUGCUUUAUUAAAGGUGUGGGAAACAUGUUUAAUCAAUACAUUUGCAAUAGGCAUGAAUGCCUUGCAAGCCGCACUCGGGACAAAAAAUCAAAAAACAGAAAUGUCAUUGAUCAGAACUGACAAGUCUGCUGCAGCUAAGAGUUGCAGCAGAGGAGUAACUUAUUUCUUGAUGUUUGGACAUCUUGCCUCGGAGCAACACAACUCUACCACUGACUCGGUUUGCUCUGUGGCAUGGAUGUUUUAUCUCCACAAAUAACACAAGCCUGGAGGAGCUUCUGCUGUGUGGUGGAGUUGCUAAUGCCAACAGUUAACUUCUACUAGCUGGACAUUCUCUGCUAUUUGCUAGAUGCUAAAACAACAACAGCCGUCCCCGUCAUGAGUCAAGAUGGGUAAGUCUGUGAAUGUUAAGUGACAGUGUGACGUAGAUCUGUCAGGAUUUUCUAAUCCUAGAUUUUCACCAUCUAUUUUCUAUCAGAAGCUAAUUCGGGAGAUUGGUGUAGGAGACUAUUUUCAUGUUCAGCCUGCACAGUGACCAGUGUAGGAGACUAUUUUCAUGUUCAGCCUGCACAGUGACCAGUUAGAAUCAGAAAUAAUCGUUAAAAUGGUUUUUCAGAGCUCCACACCUUACUUGGUUUUGAAGGUUGUGUUAAAUGUGAUGUUUCCUUUAAUCAUGGGUAAAUUAAAAUGUACAGUCAGAUUAAGAAAUGUAAACAAAGAAGGGAUUUAGAAUCAUUAAAAUAGGAUUUGUGUGUAUCACACAGACUUGAAACAGAAACGCUCAGUUUGGUCAGAGUUAAAAACAAAACCUUUUGUCUAGAUCUUCUAAUAUAGUUGAAAUAAACAAGAUCCACUGUCCUAAACUAUUCUGCUGUAACUUUUAAAAUAGAUCUGGUUUGUUUUAAACUCCAAACCCUUUGGGAAGCAUCGCUACACCAUUUACUCUUUUUGCCCUUUGAAGUGAGUGAGUGGCUUCUCAUUAAAGAGGCAGGAAGGUUGUGAGAUUGUUUUUUUCUGAUGGUACUAUAAGCUUGUAAUGUUGGCUGCAUUUUAAAUGUGCAAAUCUGUAUAAUUACAUAUUUACUCUACAAAUCAUGCCUAUAAAACAUUUCAGCAUAUGCAUUAUUUUAGUUACUGUAUGUGUUGCUAAACUGAGCUGGAAGAAUUACAGUAUAUUCCUCAUGCAAUCAAUUUACAGUUAUGAGAUUGUGUAAAGAGCAUCGGUUAAAACUAAAUAGGACAUUUCUCUAGUUGUGGUUGUUGACUGUAUUUAAGCUUCUUUCAUAAGAUGUGAAUAACUGUCCUCAAACAGACAAAUGAGUGUUCACUCUUGUUACUGUGAUUGUAAACCAUCAACAUAUUUAUGAUCCAUGAAGCAAUUGUUUCUUCUUUCGUUGUGCAAGUGAGGAGAAGCUGUGAUGAGUCAGCUCCUCUAACUCUGAAAUCGUGGUCUUGAGUCAGAAAAGGGUAGAAUGCCCUCACCGGGUCGGGGACGAGGUCCUGCCCCAAGUGGAGGAGUUUAAGUAAGAGUCUUGUUCAUGAGUGAGGGAAAAAUGGAGCACAAGAUCAACAGGCGGAUUGGUGCUGCGUCUGCAGCGAUGCGGGGGUGUUGUACCGAUCUGUCGUGGUGAAGAGAGAGCAGAGCUGGAACACAAAACUCUGUUUACCGUUCGAUCUACGUUCCAACCCUCAUGGUCACGAGCUUUGGGUAGUGAACGAAAGAACGAGAUCGCUGGUGCAAGCGGCUGAAGUUAGUUUUCUCCGCAGGGUGGCUGGGCUCUCCCUUAAAAAUGGGGUGAGACGCUCGGUCAUCCGGGAGGGGCUUGGAGUAGAUCCGCCGCUCCCCCACAUUAAGAGGAGCCAGUUGGGGGGCUCGGGCAUCUGGUCAGGAUGCCUCUUGGACGGCUUCCUGGUGAUGUUUUCCAAGCACGUUCAGCUGGGAGGAGACCUAAAGGAAGACCCAGGACAUGCUAGAGGGACUAUGUUACUCAGCUGGCCAGGGAACACCUUAGGAGGAGCUGGCCCAAGUUCCAAGGGAGAGGGAAGUCUGGGCCUCCCUGCUAAGGCUGCUGCACCUGCGACCUGACCCCAGAUAAGGGGAAGAAGAUGGAUGGAAACGUGCUGCAAGACAGAACAUUGAACAUUGAAAAAAAGACUUAUUUGUGUUAUUUACAGACCACAUUAAAACAUUUGACACAAUCGUUUAAAUGUUGAAACUUUAUUAUGAUAUUGCAUGAGAAGUUGGAUUGUUUGUGUCCUCUUAAGUUCACUAUUUUCAGUACAGUUUGCUUUUCCUAUAACUUUUAUCUGAAACACUUUAGUCUCACUUUAGUUUUUGCCUUAAUGUUGAACUGUGUUAUUUGAUUUGAGAAAAGAAACAUGAGUUUAUCUUUGUAAAAAAUUAGUUUUCACUUCAACUGAUCGAGUUAUGGAGACCUGCUGCUCCUGCCGAGUGGUUGUGCUCUUUUUAGAAGUAGACUACAUCCUUUUACUUUCCCAACCCAGAGGCUACAUGGUGAUUAAUUAAAAUGUUUAUAUGACAUGACCAUAAGGAGUGAGAAAUCCAACCAUUUGUUCUCCAAAUUUAAAAAUUUUAUAAUACAAAAUAAUAAUAAAAAAUAUGUUAGGAUACAGAAAGAUUAUUUUCUUCCAUCGUAGUGUAAGCGGUUUGAACUGGUCACAGGGUGUACGAGGGUAAUGGAUAGUGUAUUUAUGUUAUUUAAAUGUUUUUUUCUGCAUGCAUGCUAUAAAGUUGUAAACUAUUUAACAUCAUUAAAAGUGGGUCUUUUAACAUCAGAAAAUCCUCCAAUCUGAUUUGUUUUGUUCUAACUUCAAUCCAGAGUAGACUAAUGGUGCCAGGCUAAUAAAAACACAGACAGCAGCUCUUUGAAAUGUGCUAUUCUUUUCAGCUGUGGAGUUUACUGCAGUAAACUGAAACACACACACACACACACACACACACACACACACACACACACACACACACACACACACACACACACACACACACACACACACACAGUUUGAUGUUAAACCAGAAAUACCCAGACUUGCACACCUGCACCAGAGCUGUUUGGCUUCAUUGACUUGCUUGUUUUCCCACGUCUUUCAUUUGUUUUUUUCCAAACGUGUCAUUCCUUGUUUAUGUUUGUUUAUUUAUUUAGCAGACGCUUUUAUCAAAAGCGACUUACAAUUUAUAACCUACAGGGCUUGUUGUGAUAUUCUUGGCUUGGGAUAAAAAUGGGAAGAAAAUCAAACUUCUAUGUUCAGAAAAGCAACUCUUUAUGCAGUACAUACCUCUAAAAUCAAUUAUUAGUAAUUAAAAAGUACUUUUUCCUACUGUGGGGACCAGCCUUUUGUCCUCAAAAUGUCCCUACAAUGUAUACAUACAAACUACACACACGGAGUGUAAAUGCACAGAGUUGUGCCUAACCGUGUGUGUGGACUUCAAAAGCUUUUUUAUAUUGGCAGAAAGACAUAUGAGCAAGUGAUUGGAGAGUUAUGAGCCCAGUUUUGACCCAUUACGUUACCCAGCAACUGCAUCUGGCCAUGCGUGUGAUUGGAGGGUAAUUGGGCUGUAACAUCUGGAAUUCUGGACUAACAAUGGCUGCUUGUCACUUCAGCAAACACAUGAUCACAUAAAAUUUUUUUACCUUAAACCGGAUCUGCAAUAUGCCUUUGCACCCCGUCUGCUGCUGCAACCUUCCAAUUUUCUCACAAAUGCAGAAUAAAUGACUACAAUUAGUGCAAUAUAAAUAAAAUUCCCUUUCACAUGCAAACAUGCCAGGACAGGAGUGUGCAUGCAGAGCUUUAGAGAGGUGACUACCAUGUUAAUUUUAUAGUGAAGUAUUUAUGUUGAAAAACCAUUCACUGGAUUAGCUUACAUUGUGCAAUAAAUCCUAUAAUUGACAGCAGUGAAUAAAUCAAAUCUGUCUGUGCAAAUGAAGCAUGCUAGCAAAUGCAUAAUUUCCAUAAAGCUAAAAACCAGCCCAAGCCUUGGCCAGCACUUUAUCACAAUGCAUCACUGUUGUUCCAUUACAUAUUUCCCUCCGAAUCUGUAAAAAGUUAUUUUACAGUGUAGAAAUGACUCAUUAUUCUCUUGACUGUGUCCAGUCUGGAUCUAUGAAAUAUGUAUUACUGAGGACUGAGUAGGAGAAGGAAAAAAUCCUGUACCAAACAUUACAUGUACAGUUACACCUCAGACAAUGUCAGCAGAACGGGGGAAAGUCAUUAAGUUGUUAACAAGAAACGAUUGUCAGAGACUUGGACAGAUGGUGGGAAAUUCCUGUUCAACACCAAAAAGACCUCCUGUUUCUACAUUCUGUGUUUCAGGAUGUUUCACUAGCUGCUUUGUUCAGGUUUAGAUGCAGAAACUGUUGAGUUUUUAAACAAAUUCCAGAUUUGUUUUGAACUUUGUCUUUUCACCAUUAUCUAAAACCAUCCUUUGUGCUUCAGCUGGAAGCUCCAGAUGUUUCCUUCCUCCAUCUUCCUCCAGCAGCUGGUUCUGUUUGGGUCACAUUAACGUUGUUGGCAGGGAUUGUGGCGUCUGGUUUUGACAGUGAUGUAUGUUCUGAGCAGUACAGCCCCAGAUUUAUGAAACUUUUAAAGACAGAGACUAUUUUACAUGCUUUCAUCUCAUCACGGUUGGAUUAAUGCAACAGCUUUCUGCAAGCCUGAACUUAUUGAUUUAAUUGCUCCAGACUUUAAAGAAUUCAGACUCUGGGCUCAGAUAACACAAUAGCAUCGUUAUUUACUUACAUUAUUAAAUUAUUGGCUUACAGCGUGUUUUUUCUUUCAGGAAAGAUCUUAAGAUUAUGUUAUGGACCUUCUAGGUCUCCCCCAAUUUACAUCUCUGAGCUAGAAGGGAAAAGCCUUUUUCAACCGAGUUAAGUGAGGAUAUCCGUGUGAUACUUUUGGUAGCUUUCCUUAUAAUUUUCAUUUAUUCUGAGUAAAAACAAAAACAUUUAAUCAGAUGUUUCAAGACCGAUUUGUUUCUGUUCUUUUAAACAAUUGUUUCAAGAUUAAAGUCUACCAGAUAAAGAGACGAAGCCACUCCUGAGGACCGCCAUGACAUCACAAACUAAAAUACAAAGCAAAAUGUGUGUGUUAUAUAAAAACCACAUGGAGUGAAGCUCAUAGCAUUAUAGGGCAGGUCAGGGUUUGAAGUCAGUCAGUGUGAGAUCUGAUACUCUCCAGCACACGGACGCGUAAAGAAAACCUCAUGUCUUCUCUCAGGAUCAAUGAGUUUAGACUUCUGCAGUGGAUGCAAUCAGAAACAAAAUGAUCCAAACAGAAAAGAAACAUGCUCAUUCUCCACCACCCGACUAAAAACCCAGCAGACGUCCACGUUCUGAGAGAGAGAACAAUCUCCAAACUAAUUGUUGUUGUGAGCUUUUCCCAAAUCUGAGGUUAAAGAAGCAGGGGUGUAACUUUAGACAUGUAGAACUUAUUUAAACUUUUUGAAGUUGUCACACAAAUAGAGAGAUGUGUCUUUAACAGGAAUAUGUUUUUGUUUACUUAUUUGUUUUACACACACACACACACACACACACACACACACACACACACACACACAUAUAUAUAUAUAUAUAUAUAUAUAUGCUCACACACACAGGCCAAUAUAGACAGUGUAUACAGUACAGGCCAUUCAAUGUGUUUUCUUUAUUUUAAUGACCAUGACCAUUUACAAAGGGGCUAACGAGUGCUAAACACCUCUAGGAACUCCUUCAAGACUUUUGGAAAACCAUUUCACUUGACUGCCUCUUGAAGCUCAUCAAGAGAAAGCCAAGAGUGUGCAAAGCAGUAAUCAGAGCAAAGGGUGGCUAUUUUGAAUAAAAUAGAAUAUAAAAGACGUUAUGUCACCUUUUUGAUUAAGUACAUAACUCCACAUGUGUUCAUUUAUAGUUGAGAAUCUACUAAUGUAAAUGGUCAUGAAAAUAAAGAAAACACAUUGAAUGAGACAUCUUGAUGUACCUUUGGAUCUUUGAUGUUUCAUCCUGGACAGUGGUUCUCACAUAUGUAUAGAUAGAUAGAUAGAUAGAUAGAUAGAUAGAUAGAUAGAUAGAUAGAUAGAUAGAUAGAUAGAUAGAUAGAUAGAUAGAUAGAUAGAUAGAUAGAUAGAUAGAUAGAUAGAUAGAUAGAUAUAGAUAAUGUGAGAACCACUGUCCAGGAUGAAACAUCAAAGAUCCAUAGGUACAUCAAGAAUAGAAUCCCAACAGAUGAUGUGCUCAGUGAAUGUCUCAGACAAUGGUGAAUAGAGAAGGAGGCACUGGAAAUACCAUUGUGGGAGGACAAACUCCUACAUGGGAUGUAUCACAGACAUAACUAAAGACUGAAGGCCAAGAACUACCACACGACGACCCAAGGUGCAGGCUCUGCAAAGAGGCCACUGAGACAAUCCACCACAUAACUGCAGUUUGGAUGAUGCUGGGAGGAAAACCAUACAUGGAUCACCACAACCAUGUGGCUGGCAUCGUGUACAGAAACAUCUGUGGAGAGAACAGACUGGAAGCCCCAAGGUCAAAGUGGGUAACACCCCCUAAGGUGGUUGAGAAUGAGAGAGCCAAGCUCCUGGGACUUCCAGAUCUAGAUCGAUAAAAUGGUGAUGGAGAACCAACAACAGAGGACAGCCGUUGUGGUUGAUGUGGCAAUACCAAGUGAUGGCAACAUCAGGAAAAAGGAACAUGAGAAAGUAAAUAAGUACCAGGGCUAGAGUUUUGUUUUCAUCCACCUCUGUUUAUUGUUACUUUGUUUUGAUUAUUGUUGUUUGUUCUGAGUUUAGUUCCAGUUGAUUUCUAUCAUCUCAUUGUUCCUUCAGUUCCUCCCUGUUGGUCAGGUGUUCACCUGCUCCUCGUCUAUAAUGAGCAGUUUUGAACAAGUUACUUUGAAAAAGUAAUCCGUGAUAAUUACUAGUUACAUCUUCACUGAUUACCAGGAAACGUUACUUUUAGGUUACUUUUUCAAUAAAGAAUGAGGAAAGUUUAAAUCCUCUCAGAACUUAGGUUAAGUAUAAAUUGCUACAACACAAAGCAGUAAAUUACUAAUGUUAUAUAGUGUCUGUGUGAUCUGAAACAAGACCCUUAUCAAAUAACGUAUAUUAUCAAAAAUAAAUAUUUCUAUAUUUUUAACUGAUGGUAGUGAUUGAGAUUUAAAAAAAAACUAUAUUUCAAGCAUUCCCAUUUCUGUAAAAAAAAAUUAAAUCCAUUAAGAAAAACAAACUUUUGUGAGAAAUAUAACACAUUUCUGGAAAGACUUAAAGAUGUGGUUGUCUAAAACCAUUUUUUAUUAAUUAUUUCUGAUUAUAAUUGGUCAUUCUGGGUUUUCAUACAAGCUGAACAUGAAAACAGUCUCCUACACAUAUCUCCUGCGUUAGCUUCUGAUAGAAAAGAGAUGGUGAAAUGCUAGGAUUAGAAAAUUCUCACAUAUCUAUGUCACACUGUGAAUUUGCAUUCAUGGCCUCACUCAUCUUGGCUCACGCCCGCCCACAGGGAGCCUUUAUUGUUAUUAUUAUUUUCUUGCAGCAAGGAGAGAGAGGGAGGAGAGUGUCUUGGUGAUAGUGACUUUGCACCAUGGCUGACUGCAUUCUGUUAGCCAAUCAGAAGUGAGGUGUGUGUAUAUAAUUAACAAUAAUUAGUAAUUCUGCUGUUUUCCGCCCACCUCUGCAUCAGCAAACUUCUUCAUGUCAGAACAGGAACAUCAUAGCUUUUUUAAUGACUCAUAAGGCAUUAACUUUCACUAGCAAACACUCCAAGUGUAUUUAAUGAGUAAACCACACCUUUAAAAUCAGCAGCAGUUGACCAGGUUACAACUUUCAAGCAUAUUUAAAAGGACGCGGAGAAUGAUGUUAUGUUUAAAGUGUUGAGGAACCUUUUCACAGGAACCAGGGUUGCUUUUCUGGUCCUGAUUUUUAUUCCUGUUUUUUUACUGAAUGAACUAAGACUACCAGGACUACCAGGCUACCAGAUUACCAGGGUAAAAAAUAUCCCCUAAAAGGGCCCUGGUACGGAUGUAGAAGAUUACUUAGACCUCUUAUUGUGGUGGAUGAUGAUUGGUUGAGUAUUCCCAGCACAACCAUCCAUUUGAAGGCGUAGAUGCAGCUGUUUAAUCUGCCUUGUAGCUUGGAUCCUAAUGGAAAAGUAGCAGUUGUUUGGUAUUUGCUGCUGGCCUGGCCACACUGAGUUGAAAGGCUCUCCAGACUUUUGCCAUGAAGUAAAAUUAAAAUUUGUCUUCAUUGAAAUGUAAAUAAUUCUGUUUCAAGUCAAGUCGAGUCCAGGAUCCAGGAAGAGCAGAGAUGAUGUUUGUAGAAAGUUCAUCUCACUAACAGUUGAAGCUUCAUUUUAAAUCUACCAGGCCCAGGUUCUGCUCCAGCAACCAGACCCAGGUUCUGCUCCAGCUACCAGACCCAGGUUCUGCUCCAGCUACCAGACCCAGGUUCUGCUCCAGCUACCAGACCCAGGUUCUGCUCCAGCUACCAGGCCCAGGUUCUGCUCCAGCUACCAGACCCAGGUUCUGGGGUGAGUCAGUAACAAUGCCUCCAAAAAGAAACAAUGUUGCUGAGGAGGAAUUGGAAGAGAUAAAGAAAUCACUGAGCUUUAUGUCAGAAGAAAUUACAACAGUCUCUAAAAUACAGAGAUGUUUGGGAUAACAUGAUUAUUAGACUGCAGAAUGAGCUUAUUUAUCCUGUAAUCGUGUUCCUGAGUGAGUCAUCACUAAGCAGCUUAUUUUCUCCAGGCACAAAACAGAUCAUCGUUGUAUUUGUGUAAAAGUCUGUUAUCAGGUGACACAGCUGAUGAUGCCGUAGCUGUUCAAAUUCCCAACAUCAGUAAGAUCCUUUUCAACAAACACAGGAAAACAGUUUGACCCCAAACAGAUGUUUGUUGCAACACAAGGAAGGAUGUGUUUUCACACUGCUGAAACAGUCAUCACUCUGCUAUUAGAACGGAUGGGAUUGCAGGUUAAGUGGUGCUUUUAGCCAGAGCGGAAUAAACAACUGAGAUCAGGACAAGCACCUGGUAAAUUAAAGGCUGACGUAAGCCGUACCGUAACACGGGUUGUUGGGAAAGCUGGUCCGUAUGUCACACAUACCUCUGAUUGUUUACCUCUACUCAUGCUUCAGUUCCUGUUCUCUUCCUGUUCAGGAUCAGGGCUGAAACAAAAUUUGGUCUCUUUCCAGUUUGCCUUGAUUAUGUUUGUGGUACUGACCAGGCUGACAGGAUGGGCCAUUUGUGAAUGAUGUAUCGGCUAACGGAUCAGGCACCCCUGGAACUGCUCACCUGAGACUAAGCCUUUACAAACUCUCUGCAAUAUAAAAUAAACACCCACAUGCAUUUUUAAUUAUAGAACUCACAUUUAACAUGCUUUCAGUUUGUUUUUAUUCAUUUCAGCUGAUGGGUUUCCAUUGCACACGCAUCGUAAUUCACCACACCACAUACACAGCGGUGCCUCCAAGGGGUGGCCGGGGGAGGGCCAUGGCCACCCCUAGAACAUUAUUAGCCACCCCAUUGCACCCCGACCACAGGGAAGACUCUCCCUUACUAAAUAGCAUUCAACUAUAGCUUAUGUUAAUUCUCUUUACUUAAGACAUGUUAAAACAUUAACAAAUGAAUAAAACAGUUCUAAAAGUAGUAAAAAAUAAAAAGUGAAACAAUCAUUGAAAUAACUGUUUGAUUUUUUUUCUGAAAUGUGUGUUUCUUAAAGAGCAAGUCAACUCCUACCAGAGUCUAACUCCACUCCCACUUCAUGUUUGAAAAAUGCAACAAAUGCUGUUGCCUGGCAGACCAAGAGGGUGGAGCCGCUAACAAAUACACAUACACAGACUCACAACAGCAUUGUGACAUCAUAAUGUACCAGUUUACAUCAUAGCAUACCUCUUAGCCAAUAGCGGUGGCAGAUUUAAAUUCAAAUACAUUGCAUAGUUUUUACCUGACAAUGGCACAACACUGUCAGUUUUAGGCAGAAUAUUUAAAUUUUAACUAAGAUGCACUGAGGUGCCAAAUUAUUGACGACACGUGUCUGCAGCACGAUUAGACACUCGUUUAUUUAGUUUAUCAGCAAAAAAAAACGUUUAUUUGGGGGUGACUUGCUCUUUAAGUUCAGUCUCAUCAAUCUGGUAUUCAAGCUUUUAUUGGGUAUUUUAUAUCUCCAAAAAGACAAAUUAUCCAAAAUUAACUCCAUGCUACAAAAUUGUUUUUCUUCCUUGACGUAUGUUUUCUCCCCUAGAAAAGCAGCCUCUUGUUCUGUACAAACCAAAUUAGAGGUUUGAAUGUUUGAAAUGUUCACAUACGAUCAGUUAUUGCCAGUUUCCCCUCCUUGAUGCUUUUUUACUUAGUGAGGGUAAUUACCGAGGUCAUUAUUCUUAAUUUGGCUCAUUAAUCACAAGACCUGUCAGUCUGUUUUACUGUUUAAUUGUCAGGUUGUGUGUUUACUAUUCCUGUGGUAAGAAGAAAAUGUUUAGUUUAAUCAGAAAUGAACAAUAUGCAGAACUUGAGACGAUUGUUACUCAAAUUUGGAUAGUUGGGGGGGGGGGAUGCUCUAAUGAUACGAUAAUACAGAAUAUUAUUUGCAUCAAUUUUUUAAUUUUUUGUCUCAUCUCAAGGGGUUUUAUCCUCCAAAACAUGUUAAAUAAAUAAAUAAAUAA